CCGGGGCCCCCCCGGGGGCCCCCCGGGGGCCCCCCCCGGGGGCCCCGCUGGUGGGGUUUGAAGUGCCGGCCGAGGAGGCGGGGAAGAGCGCGGCAGCCGUGGGGGCCCUGAAGGCGGAGAAGUUUUUCUGGGAUCGACGAUCCCGAUCCCAGAGAGCGUGUGGGGUGUUGGAGCGGGGCCUGCGGGCCCUGGGGGAGUACUGCUGGGACCCCGGAGUUACCCUUUUGCUGCUGCAGGGGGGCCCCCCUGCUGCAGCAAAAGGAGAAAAGAAAGUUCUGGAGGCCCUCGGAGAAGUUGCGGAGAGUCUGGAGAGUCACCCGGACCACCGGGUGUACGUACACCUCAGCGCCCGAGUGGUCCACUGGUCACGCGCGCAGCUGGAGCUGCCGCGGCUGCACUCGCCGCUGGCUUUUGCUGCAGCAGGCAGCAGCAGCAGCAGCAGCAGGCGGGGCGAGCCUGCUGCUGCUGCGCUGCUGCAGCACGUGCUGCAGCUCGACGCGCAGCUAAAACUCCAAACAGCAAAACUCAGCGCUGGCCUUUCGCCCCAAGACAUUUAUUCUCCCCACUUCGACAAGCUCGUGGCCCUCGCCCUCACUGCCAGGCAGUACCCCCUCCCCAGAACUGCGGGGUAG